AUGAAUAAAAGUUAUUUUAGGUUGUAUUUAUAUAAUUUUAUAAUACUAAUUGUAUCAUUAAAGUUUAAGUCAUAUUAUAAAAAAGGAGCUUAUAAUAAUGGGAAUAAUAAUAAGAUAUAUUUAGAUAAAUAUGCAAGAAUUUUAUCACAUCAUAUUACAAAUGAACCAUUACAUAAUAGGUUACCUACUUUAAAUGUACAAAAUUUUAAAGGAGUAAAUAAUGAAGAUAUAGUAAUGUGUAAAUUAAACGAUAAAAGGAUGCACAAUAAAAUGCUGGAUGAAAAAUUAGAUGAAAACAAUAUGAUAGAUUAUAAUGCCUUAAAUGAUAAAUUAAAUAAGGAAUAUAAUAAAUAUCAUAAAAAAAAUAUCUCUUUAAAAAGAAAUAAAAAAAAAGUAACAAAAAAGGACGUAUUAUACAAAAUGAUAUUCAAAGGAAAAACAUUUUGGAAUGUUCUAAAAAACGUUAUAACGGGAUUGGGAUGUACAUCAGUAAUUAGUAAUAUUGUUUGGGUGGCGGCAACUGCAUCUGCAGUUCAGACAGCUUUUGCUUUCGUUUCAGUUGGAGCCAUAAUAUUAAUAAUAAUAUUAUGUGUUCUUUCUUGGUUACUUGUUACAUGGUUGUGGCCUUACAAAGAUGAAUAUAAUAGAAAACAUAAGAAAUAA